UUGAGUUCACACUCACUGCCUAACUCUCUCUCUCUCUCUCUCUCUCUACACAAACGCACACAGAGAGACAUAUACACAGUGAAACUCUCAUCUCAUCAAUCAUCAUCAUCUCUCUCUUCUUUUCAAGUCAUUGAAUCCUAAAACAACCUGCAUUUCGCGCUUGAUCCGCCGCCGCUAUGGAUUCUCGGGAACCACCGUCCCGGCCACCACCGCCGCCGACCAUGAUGGCAGGACCCACCUCGUACGCUUCGACAAACUCCUCCCCGACCUUGAUCAGCCCUAAUUCCACCAUGUUGGCCCCCGCUACGGCCCGAUUCCCCUUCGGCUCCGUCGCGCCGCAGCCACCACCGCCUCCUCCGUCGGAGGCCUUCAACACCACCGCCAGCCCCUACGAUGGGCCCUCGUCGCCGUUGAAGCCGUGCGGGCUCUCCAAGAAGAAGCGCGGCCGGCCCAGGAAAUACUCGCCGGACGGUAACAUUGCUCUGGGCUUGGCUCCGACGCACGUGUCAUCUUCCGGCGGAGGCGGCGGAGAUUCGGGCGGCACGCCGUCUGCGGACGCUCCGGCAAAGAAGCAUAGAGGAAGGCCUCCGGGCUCUGGAAAGAAGCAAUUGGAUGCGCUUGGAAUUGGUGGGGUUGGAUUCACUCCUCACGUAAUCUUGGUGGACCCUGGCGAGGAUAUUACCGAAAAAAUCAUGGCCUUUUCUCAGCAAGGGCCUCGGACAGUUUGUAUUCUUUCUGCUAAUGGUGCAAUCCGCAAUGUCACCCUUCGACAGCCAGCAUUGUCUGGUGGUACUGCAACAUUCGAGGGCCGAUUUGAGAUUAUAUCCUUAUCAGGUGCUUUGCAGCUAUCUGAAAAUAAUGGUGAACGCAGUAGAACAAGCGGUCUGAGUGUGUCUGUGGCAGGAUCUGAUGGACGAGUUUUGGGUGGUGGAGUUGCUGGAAUGCUAACUGCGGCAUCAUCUGUACAGGUCAUUGUGGGUAGCUUUAUUGCAAAUGCAAAAAAGUCAAGCUCGAAUAUGCUGAAAUCUGGGCCUUCUUCAGCACCAACAUCCCAAAUGUUAACCUUCGGUGCACCUAUGACUCCAACGAGUCCUACCUCUCAAGGGCAUUCUACUGAGUCCUCUGAGGACAAUGAUCAUAGCCCAUUUAGUGCGGGUGGACUCUACAAUAAUGCUAGUCAGCCUGUUCAUAAUAUGCAGAUGUACCAUCAUCCACUAUGGGCUGGCCAAACUCGUCAGUGAAGAUGUGACUCUGGAUUAACAGUGCAGAAGCAGGGUAUUUGCAUGGUGAUUGUUCAAAGUAGUGGCUAGAGUCAAUUUUAAAGUGCUAACUUGCGUUAUUGAGGACUGACUUUAGAGCAGUCUAUUUAAGGUUUAAGUCUGUCUCUCCAUUUGUCAUUUGAUUAGGAUUUUUCUUCUUUUAAUCGUUUCGUAACUUUCUAGUGAUGAUAGCCAAGGAUAUGCUACCCAUUACCCGAAUUCUGUGAUUUUGAAGUUUGCUAUCUGCACUUUGCAGUAGCAUAGCAUAAUCAGGAACAGUGAUUU